AUGCCCAUCGCCACGCCUCUUCACAGAGCUAAUACCCAGAAAACACCAAUCGCAAAGAGUUUGACUAUACUCACAAACACCCUAUGCACUAUAUCAGAACAAAGAUGCUACGACCAUGACGCACAGAGAAGAGCACUAGCAGGUAUUGACAUAUGUCGCAAAUUUCGCUUCGCCGAACUCGCCCUCCGGGAACGUGCGACCAAAAGAAGGGAUCGAAUUGUCUUACUGGAUCACAAACAGAACCCUCCAGAUACUUUGCGAGAGGUAUCUGUAUACGAACCUGAGAUCCCAACGACUAUCGACAGAUAUCGGAUCACAAUGGCUUCUUUACUUCGCUCUGAGUGUGGAGCCUCGCAGAGCCCAUACCAUCUGGUCACUGAGAUGCGAAUCCUGGCCACCUUAUUUCCAUACUCGACUCCCAAAAACUUUUUAGAACAAUUGGGAAACUUGGUUGCUGCUUGUCCCAAUGUUACUGAGUUCACAUAUGGUGGACUCUGGUAUAUCAAUGAUCGGUUUUGGCCCGGGACUCUUGAGCAAGUGGCAAGGUUUUCGCAGCAAUACGCAAAAUUUGCGAAACAGCUUUGCCACUUGGAAAUCUGUGGGUCAAUCGACUGCAUCCAGAAAAUUCUUAUGUAUGAUUACCCAAAUCUGAGUUCUUUUACUAUUAACGUGGAUGACUAUUCAAAGGAGUGCAAAUAUUUUGAGGAGCUAUCUUCUCGUACUCCCAGUUUAGAAAGACUGGAAUUAUAUUGGUUCGAAGCCAACUUGCAAGACCUGAAUAUAGGAUUCAAAGCAUGGGGGAAAACAUUACAGUCUCUUGCUAUGAAUCCCCCCAUAACUAAGUAUACCGACAGACUUCUAGGACAUCUACUGCCCCAUCUUACAAACUUGGAGGAUCUUUAUCUGGGUCCGCAACCUGGUUUCCAGCUUUCAGAUCUCCAUGCCAUAGCUCAGCCGGGCGCUCCACGCCUAAAAUCAUUCCAAUGGCGAGUUAAUGAUACGAUAUUCUGGGAUUUCUGUGCGAACUCAGAAACCGUCAAUCAGGCCAUCAUUGACAUCUUUCUUGCGUACUCUGAGACCCUCAAUUCCUUCAUCAUAGAUGAAGAACUCGGCUUUUAA